UCAUAGCCCAAUCCUCCUGUAUCCCAGCAACAUUUGCGAAUCUGCGUCACCGGAAAUACCGAGCAAGUCAUGUCUGGCCAUAGGCGCGCAAUCAAACAUUAACUGUGUAGUGUAUACAUUUUUGGGGAUUAACGUCGAUUUUAAACGACAUCCAACGAUAUUUGCCUGCAAAACUUGUAGUGUUAACGUUCUGCAUUAUAGUUACGGCCUCCGCUGUAUGAAUGCAGGAAUAUAAAUGUUCGGCCUCCACGAGGUCUUGCGACCAGUGACUCGAUUGCUUUCAAAGCGAAGUUAGGCGUUUGGGUUAGGUAACACAUGCAAUUUUAUCUCCUAUAAAAUACCUUUGUGCAAAAUAUUACAAAUGUCAGGGUUUAAUUUUGGGACGGGAACCACCGGUGGUGGAUUUUCAUUCGGAGCAACAGCAAGUGCCCCUGCUGCCAAUACUGGGGCAUUCACGCUGGGAGGCCUGGGCACGGCUGCCACCACCACUACCUCCUCCCUCGGCCUGGGGAGCAGCCUGUUUGCACAAAAACCUGCCAGUGGAUUCUCCUUUGGCUCUCCAGCAGCAGGAACUGCUGCACCUGCCACAGGCCUUACUCUAGGGGCUCCAGCUGCAACCACCACCACCAACAACACCUUCCUGGGUUUUGGAAAACCGGCAGCAUCAGCCGCACCCUUCUCCCUCACCGCGUCCGCUCCUCCCACGGGCCUGACCCUUGGCACCGCCCUCACCUCCACUGCCCCGGUCCCCCAGGCCAGCUCUACCGGCUUCGCUCUCACCCUGGGAGCAACACCCGCCACCUCUGGCACCAUCCCCUCUGGGCUCACAUUGGGCACUACCUCUGGACUGGGCUCCAACCUUUUUAACACAGCUAAUGCCGCUUUGGGACAGCCGGCUCUCGGGGGGCUGGGUUUGGGGGCUCUCAUCUCCACUUCAACCUCUAGUGCCCCUCCAGCUUCCACCAGUGUAGGUCUUGGUGGUAUUGAUUUAAGCUCCUCCGAGAAGAAUAAUAAAUCCUCUGGGGCCAGGCCAGAGGAUAGCAAGGCUCUGAAGGAUGACAAUCUCCCACCCCUCAUCUGCCAAGAUGUUGAAAAUUUCCAGAAGUUUGUGAAGGAGCAGAAACAGGUUGAAGAGGAGAUCAGCAGGAUGUCCUCCAAGGCCAUGCUGAAGGUUGAGGAUGAUAUUAAGAGUCUGAAGCAGCUUCUGUCUCUCAGUGCCAGCAGCCUGCAGAGGAACAGUCUUGCCAUCAACAAACUGAAGAUGGAGACUGCUCAGGAACUGAAAAAUGCAGAUAUUGCCAUACGGACACAGAAAACCCCCCCAGGACUCCAGCAUGAAAACACUGCACCCUCAGAUUAUUUCAGAGCCCUGAUUGGUCAGUUUGAGGUGCAGCUGCAACAGUAUCGCCAGCAAAUCGAGGAGCUGGAGAAUCACCUGACAACUCAGGGCAGUGGCCACAACAUCACACCCCAAGAUUUGUCCCUGGCCAUGCAAAAACUCUACCAGACAUUUGUGGCUCUGGCUGCACAGCUCCAGUCGGUGCAUGAAAAUGUGAAGAUCCUUAAACACCAGUACUUGGGCUACAGGAAGGCUUUCCUGGAGGACUCCACGGAUGUUUUCCAGUCCAAAAGAGCCGCCAGUCAGAAGUGGCAGAGCGCCCCGCGCGUCACCACUGGCCCCACCCCCUUCAGCAGUGUUCCGAACGCAGCGGCUGUUGCCAUGGCUGCCACGCUAACACAGCAGCAACAGCCCGCUCCAGGACCGCAGCCGCCCCUGGGGGCGGGACUGGCUGCCCCUCUUGCCCUGGGCCUGGGUGCAGGUUUGGGGUCCGGCCUCGGAGCCUUCGGCAGCGGUCCUGGUUUUGUGGGGGUGACCGGGGGGGGCUCGUCUUUCGGCUUUGCCUCUUCCAGCAAACCGUCCGGAGGGAGCCUUAGCGCAGGUUUUGGCACAUCCAGCACCUCUGGCUUUAAUUUCAGCAAUCCUGGGAUCAAUGCAUCGGCGGGACUCACGUUUGGCGUCUCAAAUGCGCCAGCAGCCGGAUUCGGUGCCAGCCCACCACUGCUGCAGCUUAAGAAGCCCCCGGCCGGCAACAAAAGAGGCAAAAGAUGAGCGAGCUGAGCCAAGGAUGGAGCAUGCGGGGAAAGAGGUGGAGCAGGCUGGGCAAGAGGUGGAGCAGACUGGCAAAGGGAAUUGGACAGGAAGGGUGGGGAGAUUUAUUUUUGUAUUU